GGUCGUUAGUGCAUACAAAAGGCAACAGCUUCAAACUGUUUAAAAUCCCAACGCAAAAGAAAGAAAAAUUGUCGAAUCUAAACACGAGUUCUGCGCUUCGCAAUCGAUCUCCCCUUCUCUUCUUCAAGCCUGAAUUCUCUCCCACUCUCUUCAUUCACUGCUGCUGCUUUUCCAUAACAAAGACACAAACCCUUGCUCUUUCCGUGUCCAUGGAGCGUCCUUGAUGAUGGCGUUUCAGGUUUGCUUUGUUUUUGCGGCUUUUCUGAUCAGAGCUUUGUUUUUGCUCACAAGUACUGCCAUUUCUGUCCAUGGAAAGAUUCCAUCCACUUUAGACGGUCCCUUUCAGCCCGUCACCGUUCCUUUUGACGUCAGCUUGCGUGGCAACGCCGCUGAUUUGCCUGCUGAUGAUCCCCGUGUUGUUCGCCGGGUCAAAGGAUUCGGACCUGAGCAGAUAUCGGUCUCUCUCUCUGCUUCUUAUGAUUCUGUUUGGAUCUCCUGGAUUACAGGGGAAUACCAAAUUGGUUACAUGAUAAAACCACUAGACCCUAAAAGUGUUGCCAGUGUUGUUCGUUAUGGGACUUUGAGAUUUCCAAUGAAUCAUGAAGCAAAAGGCUAUUCCCUUGUUUAUAACCAACUUUAUCCCUUUGAAGGUCUCCAAAACUACACUUCAGGAAUCAUCCACCACGUUCGUCUCACUGGGUUAAAACCUGACACAAUAUAUUAUUAUCGAUGCGGAGAUCCAUCUAUAGAAGCCUUGAGUGGUAUUUACUCUUUCAAGACUAUGCCAGUUUCUAGUGCAAGUAACUAUCCUAGUAGAAUAGCAGUCAUGGGAGAUCUUGGACUUACAUACAAUACAACUACCACAAUCAGUCAUGUGAUUCGUAACAAACCUGAACUUGUUCUGCUGGUGGGUGAUGUAACUUAUGCAAAUCUGUACCUCACAAAUGGAACUGGCUCAGACUGCUAUUCUUGCUCAUUUUCAGAAACACCAAUACAUGAGACCUAUCAGCCUCGUUGGGAUUAUUGGGGAAGGUUUAUGCAGACUCUAGUUUCUAAAGUUCCAAUAAUGGUGGUAGAAGGGAACCAUGAAAUUGAACCACAAGCUAGAAACCAAACAUUUGUUGCUUACAGUUCUCGAUUUGCAUUCCCAUCUGUAGAAAGUGGAUCUUCAUCUACAUUGUACUACUCUUUCGAUGCUGGUGGGAUACAUUUCAUUAUGCUGGGAGCAUACAUUGGUUAUAAUAAAUCAGAUGAUCAGUACAAGUGGCUGGAGAAAGACUUGGCUAAAGUUGACAGAUCUCAAACUCCAUGGCUGGUAGCUGCAUGGCAUCCACCUUGGUAUAGUUCUUAUGGAGCCCAUUACAGAGAGGCAGAGUGUAUGAGGGUGGCAAUGGAAGAACUGCUUUACUCAUAUGGUGUAGAUAUAGUCUUCAAUGGACAUGUUCAUGCAUAUGAGAGGUCAAAUCGAGUUUAUAACUACACAUUGGAUCCAUGCGGUCCUGUGUACAUUACUGUUGGAGAUGGGGGUAACCGAGAAAAGAUGGCUAUUGAACAUGUUGAUGAACCUGGCAAUUGUCCAGAGCCAUCAACUACUCCUGAUCCUUAUAUGGGUGGCUUUUGUGCCUUGAACUUUACAACAGGACCAGCAGCUGGUAAGUUCUGCUGGGAUCAACAACCUGAUUACAGUGCUUUCCGGGAAAGUAGCUUUGGACAUGGAAUCCUGGAGGUAAAGAAUGCGACAUGGGCUUUGUGGACAUGGCACAGAAAUCAAGACUCUGACAGUAAAAUUGGGGAUCAAAUUUAUGUAGUUAGACAGCCUGAUAAAUGCCCUGUCCGCCGCUCUCUAACCAAACGCAGGUAUGCUGACGCUUAAGUUGUAUGCAGGAGAUCGUAAUAGAUGAAAGCGCUAUGACCUCUUGGCCAUACAAAAGAAAAUAAUGACUUAUCACAGUGAAACGCAACAAGGCCAGGCAGCAUCUUGUCUUUUGAUGAAUCCUUCCCCGUAAAACACUAAAUACACUGGAAAAAAAUUACCAGCCAUUUUUGCAUUGUAAUUGGUAAAUACAGACCAUAGAGUGCUAUUUACAAAGUUUAUAUUUUGUAAUGGAUAGCUCUCUCCUUCUGUCUCUCAUAGUUUUAAUUGAAGAGCAGCAAAAGUUAUACUUGUAGAAUUGUGGUUAGAAUCUGAUAA